AUCGCUUCAAAUCUGACAUCUCUGCUCAUCCAAUCCCAAUACUACUUACCACUUCUCGAAGAUGGAUCCUUUCUCUCAUUGACUCCAUCCACAUACAUCCACACCCAUCCACCCCAUCCACAUCCAAAUCUAAAUCAACCUUCACCUCAAACUCAUAUACCGGUACCUUCAACGCCAUAUCCCAUCCAUAUCUGAGAAAGGCGGCAUUGUGGUCCGUUCACGCAUAACAGACAAUUCCCUUUUUCCCUUACCUCCCUUACCUCACUUAAGGAAUUAAAUUCCUUUGAUCAAUUCAUUCAUUGUCUCUACUUUCUAAUCUCUGACACCAAGUCUCAUCCCAAACAUUCCAAAGGGAAAAAGAUAUAUUUCGUCUAAGAAUCAUCAUCCCAUCUUUGUUCUUCCAAUCUACACAAAUCUACACAAAUCUACACCGUCUAUAUUCAAUUAUAGAUAACUCAUCUCACCACCACAUCAGAGAUCGGACUCACUCUACUUUUGUCCACCUGAUAUUCGCUUCCAACAUAGCAUCUUGCAAUUUCCUUCAAGAAUAAACAACUUCACUAUCGAUAAAGAUCGACCCGAACUUCCACCUUUCUGUCUCCAUACAUACGUCUCUUUCGCAUGGUCUAGUACUUUUGCGCCGAAUGUCUCCAUUUACAAACCCAAUCGCAAUUCCGUAGAAAAAAUUAUUGGACAAUUCGAGGAUUAGGAAGAUAAAGUCUUUGUCCAGCAGACUUUUGCGCCCAUGGGAAACAGUUCUGGAAAACCGGUGAACUUCGCAGAUGAAGGUAUGAAUGGAUUUUGUUGAUGCGGAUCCAGUGGCAAGAGAUUGUGCAAGGCAUUCUCGAACUCUUGGGGGUGGUCUUGAUCUUUGUUACUGGUAAUAUUUCACCGCAUGUAUCUUUUGCUGACAUAUCUUUUCUUUGUGCAGUGAGCCUCAAUCACUUUCGACUUCUGCGAGUUGUUGGAAAAGGUGCUUUUGGGAAAGUAAGGAUAGUAGAGAGAAAGGAUACGGGCUUGACGUUUGCGCUGAAGUACAUUCGCAAGGAUGAGGGUUGGUGAUACUCACUCAGAUUUUGAAUGACUACUGAUUAUGGAAAAUAAUAGUUGUUCGACAAGAAAGUGUACGGAAUAUAAUCCGAGAACGACGAAUGCUGGAGCAUUUAAAUCACCCAUUCAUUUGUAACUUGCGAUAUAGUUUUCAAGACAUCGAGUACAUGUACGUUGACCUGGAUUUGAACCUGGACUGUAAGCGCUCACUAACCAUUCAACAAACAGGUAUUUAGUUGUGGACUUAAUGAAUGGGGGAGAUUUACGAUUUCAUAUUUCCAGAAAGACCUUCACUGAAGAAGCUGUUCAGUUUUGGAUUGCAGAACUCGGCAUUGCCUUAAAGUACAUACAUAAGCAGGGUAUCAUACAUCGGGAUGUCAAACCUGAUAAUGUUUUAUUGGACUCCGAGGGACAUAUACAUUUAGCAGAUUUUGUUUGUACCCUAAGAAAAAACACUUCCCGGAUUGGAACACAGCACUAACACUAUGUAGAAUGUUGCAUCGGAUUAUACUUCACAUAGAUUAUUAACCAGCAAAUCUGGUACUUUAGCUUAUCUUGCACCAGAAGUCUAUAAAGGAUGCGGAUAUGGGCCUGGAGCAGAUUGGUGGUCGUUGGGAGUACUGUUCUACGAAUGUAUCUACAAUAAGGUAUUAUUUGACAUAAUUUCAUUCUCUUGUAAACCCCGCUCUUGAAUUUUCAGUCCUAACCAAUGUCUUUUAGAGGCCAUUUGAAGGUAGUACACAAACUACGUUGGCAGCACAGAUAACCAAAGCUGCACCAAAUUUCCCCAUCACAGCACCAGCAGUUUCUAUGCCAUGUUUACAUGCGAUCAGCUCAGCUCUUGAGGAGGAUCCAGCAAAGCGAAUGGGUUCAGCCGGAUUUGAAACCUUUACCGAUAACCCUUUCUUUCGGCCGAUAGACUUUGAGGCACUUGAGAGAAAAGAGAUAGAGCCAGUCUUCGUCCCAUCUAGUGAAAAGACGAAUUUUGAUGCUACCUAUGACCUUGAGGAAUUACUAUUGGAGGAGGCACCUUUGGAAGCUCGGGCGCGUCGACAAAAGCCAAGGGAGGCUUUAAAGGAGGAUGCGACGGAGAAAGAAAUCAAGGAAGAGGAACUCCAUAAGAUGAUUGAAGCUCAAUAUACCACAUUCGAUUACACCAAAGCAGCGUAUGACAGGUUAGCACUCUUCUACAGAUCGUUUCCUUUAUGCUAACUAAAUCCUCUAGAUAUAAUGAAGGUGGUGACCCAAAUUCUCCACCUCCCGUUACACAAAAUAAUAGCCCAUCCACCCCAGCAUCGCAAACUUCUGAUGAAUUUCCAAAAGCCACCCUCACACGUACUUUAUCUAAAAAUCGGAAGAGAGCUGCUUCGCGUUCCCAGCCAUCUUCACGUUCUGAAUCGCCAUCGAAUAGUGCAAAUGCUCCACCAGUUCCUAGCUCACAAGCUCCUGGCUGUCAACAAUCACCCCAAAAUAUUAGCCCUGUUUUAGGACCUCCUCGUUCCGUACUUCAUGCCCAGUCACCAAGUACGAGCAAGACACCCUUAUCACCCUAUCAACAGUCAUACAACCGUCCUCAUCGCCCCGGUGGAAUACGCAAGGAAUCGCAAGGCGGCGGUAUGCAGGUUGUAUUAGGCGAAACUGGAAGCUGGUCAGAAUUGGCCAAGCAAGAUGCGACCUUACCCGCAGAUGCCAAGUUGGUAGAAGCACAUGCCAAGCCAACUGGUAUGUUAGGAUUCUUAUCAAGAAAGAAGGGCAGAGGUCAUAGUCCCAAACCACAGGAGAGGGGUAUCCUAGGAAAGGAAGGUGCAAGAGUCAUUAUAAGCCAUGGUUGAAAGUUUGUUGAAUCAGAAAUGAUUCUUCGGAUAUUCCAAUAUUACUUACUGGCAGCCGUUUUACGAAUUUCCAGCACACAAUUUCCUUUGGUGCGAUCAAUGUACAUUCAUUGCAUUUUCAAAGGGCAAGCGGGAGUUAUUUUGUUUUAUUUUACCGUUUACACACAGCAUUCUCACUACUCGAGGAUACUGGAUUUUAAUUUCUUUUUCGCCUAUUUCUUUUGUUCAUGACAGAUAUGCUGGAGGCAUCACGAACUCCACGUUACUGUUUCUUUUUUUUUCCAACGGAGAGGAGAUGCGGAUAUCCAAUCCAAAGUGUCAUCUUGAGAGGAAUAUGCCUCAGGAACAAACUAAUCAAUCAUUUGGUACUCGGUACUUGAAGCGGACGAAAAACUCAAACUCAAACUCGAGAACGAUUCACAGUGGCGAAGUUAUAUACGCCCCCGGAAGGGAAAGGAUCGUCUGGAUAGGGUUGCGUUCCCUGUGUUGAUCUUGAGAGGUGCGAUGGAUUUGAUGCAUGGAAGGGUGGAAGGGUGGAAUGG